AUGGCCGUCCCGCCGCGCAGCCUGAGCGUGAUGGAAGAGACUCGGAACAUGACAACGAACGAAUGCUUCCAAUCCCGGAGCACCGUCCUGCAGGGGCAGCCCUUUGGGGGCAUCCCCACCGUGCUAUUCAUCAACAUCUUCUUGUGGGUGGUCAUCAUUUUGGUUUACUCCUUCCUCCGGAAAGCUGCGUGGGACUACGGGCGCCUGGCUCUGCUGAUACACAAUGACAGCUUGACCUCACUGAUCUAUGGGGAGCAGAGUGAGAAGACAUCUCCCUCGGAUAUUUCUCUGGAGAUGGAGCACAAGGACAAGGGCUUCUAUUCCUGGUUCUUCAACACAGUCACUAUGAAGAACGAGGAUCUGAUCAGCAAGUGUGGAGAUGAUGCCCGCAUCUACAUCAUGUUCCAGUAUCACCUCAUCAUCUUUGUGCUCAUCCUCUGCAUCCCCUCCUUGGGUAUCAUCUUGCCUGUCAACUACACCGGAACCGUUCUGGAUUGGAAUAGCCACUUUGGUCGGACCACCAUCGUCAAUGUCUCCAUAGAGAGUAAGGUCCUGUGGCUGCAUAGCUGCUUCUCCUUCCUCUACUUCCUCAUCAACCUCGUCUUCAUGGCUCAUCACUGUUUAGGGUUUGUGCCCAAGAAGAGCUACAAGGUCACAAGGACACUAAUGAUCACCUAUGUCCCCACGGACAUCCAAGACCCAGAAAUCAUCAUUAAGCAUUUUCAUGAGGCUUAUCCGGGGUGUGUGGUGACCAGAGUCCACUUCUGCUAUGACGUCAGGAUGCUGAUCGAGCUGGAUGAUCAGAGGCGCCACGCGAUGCGGGGCCGGCUCUACUACACUGCCAAGGCCAAGAAGAGCGGGAAGGUGAUGAUCAAGACCCACCCCUGCUCCCGCCUGUGCUUCUGCAAGUGCUGGACCUGCUUCAAGGAGGUAGAUGCAGAGCAAUAUUAUAGUGAGCUGGAGGAGCAGCUGACUGACGAGUUCAACGCUGAGCUCAACCGCGUUCGGCUGAAGCGUCUGGACCUGAUCUUUGUCACCUUCCAGGACGCCAGGAUGACGAAGCACAUCCGGGAAGAUUAUAAAUACAUCCAGUGCGGCGUGCACCCCCAGCAGUCCUCUGUGAGCACCAUCGUCAAAUCCUACUGCUGGAGGGUCGCCCUGGCCCCACACCCUCAAGACAUCAUUUGGAAACACCUGUCUGUCCGCCGCUUCCAUUGGUGGGCCCGCUUUAUCGCAAUCAACACCUUCCUCUUCUUCUUCUUCUUCUUCCUCACCACGCCCGCCAUCAUCAUCAACACCAUCGACAUGUACAACGUCACCCGCCCCAUUGAGAAGCUGCAGAACCCAGUCAUAACCCAGUUCUUCCCCUCCCUGAUGCUGUGGGCAUUUACAGUGAUCAUGCCUCUGAUUGUCUACCUCUCCGCCUUCUUAGAGGCCCACUGGACCAGAUCAAGCCAGAAUCUGAUCAUCGUGAACAAGUGUUACAUCUUUCUGGUGUUCAUGGUGAUUAUUCUGCCCUCAAUGGGACUGACCAGUUUGGAUGUCUUUUUCCGGUGGCUUUUUGACAUCUACUACUUGGAGCAGGCGUCCAUCAGGUUCCAGUGUGUGUUCCUGCCGGACAACGGCGCCUUCUUUGUCAACUAUGUGAUCACAGCGGCUUUGCUGGGCACGGGCAUGGAGCUGUUGCGCCUGGGGUCCCUCUUCCUGUAUAGCACCCGCCUCUUCUUCUCCAGGUCGGAGCCAGAGAGAGUCCACAUCAGAAAGAGCCAGGCCAUGGACUUCCAAUAUGGGCGUGAGUAUGCGUGGAUGAUGAAUGUCUUCAGCGUGGUGGUGGCAUACAGCAUCACCUGCCCUAUCAUCGUCCCUUUCGGGCUACUCUACCUUUGCAUGAAACACAUCACGGACCGCUACAACAUGUACUACUCCUACGCGCCCACCAAGCUCAACGAGCAGAUCCACAUGGCCGCGGUCUACCAGGCCAUUUUCGCACCGCUCCUGGGUCUGUUCUGGAUGCUCUUCUUCUCCAUCCUGCGAUUAGGUACGCUCCACACCAUCACCUUCUUCUCCCUUUCCACGCUCAUCAUUUCCAUGGUCAUCGCCUUCGUUAGCACUCUUCUGGGGAAGCUCCAGGGGGUAUCUGACUAUGAGCCCGAGGAGGAGAUGGAGACGGUGUUCGACAUGGAGCCCAGCAGCACCUCCUCCACGCCCACCUCCCUUAUGUACGUGGCCACUGUGCUGCAGGAGCCGGAGAUGAACCUGUCCCCCGCCUCCUCCCCCGCUCGGCACACCUACGGCACCAUGAACAGACAGCCGGAGGAGGGAGAAGAGGAGAAUGGCGUGAGGGGCUUUGCACAGGAGCUGGGCUCCGCCCAGUUCCAGGAAGGGCUGGAACUGGACGGCCAGAGCCAGUACCACUGACCAGGACCCGAGGCCUCCACCUGGCGACUCCACGGGACCGGCGGCCAGGGGAGGGCCCAGCAGGGGGAGGCGGGAGGGCCAUCCGGACCUCCCCACGGCCUCCUGCAGACUUUGGGAAGGCCCCAACGGAGACAUCUGCGCCCCGGCUGUUGGCCACACGGAGGCCCCGCCCUGCUGACCAGCUCGAAUGGGAGGUGCUGGGCAGUGCAGAGGGACCCGGGAUGGGAUGGAGGCUACAGGCGGACACCACAUC